CUGCGCUCCGUGCGCCGCCUGCGCGAGGUGUUCGAGGUGUGCGGCCGCGAUCCCGACGGCUUCCUGCGCGUGGAGCGCGUCGCGGCGCUCGGACUGCGCUUCGGCCAGGGCGAGGAGAAAGGGAAGACAAGGAAGUUUGAUGAAACGUGAGUCUCUGUACUGCGUGACACACACAGACCGACCCUUUAAGGAGCACAGAGAUGAGGGCACCACCACUGUCCCAACCCUGAGAGUCUGUGACAAAGGGGCAGCUGGACUCCUGUGGCAAGCAGGUGGAAAAACUUGUGAAAUAUUUGGAUCCCAACGACCUGGGGAGAAUCAACUUUAAGGACUUUUGUCGGGGUGUGUUCGCCAUGAAAGGGUGUGAGGAGCUGCUGAAGGAUGUGCUGUCCGUGGAGAGCACAGGGACACCCUCCUGUACCCCGGAGAUCCCGGACUGUGUGGAGCAGGGCAGCGAGGUGCUGGGCCCCACUUUUGCCGAUGGCGAGCUCCUCUCCAGGGAGCCCGGCUUCUUCCCAGAGGACGAGGAGGAAGCCAUGACACUGGCCCCAGCGGACGGCUCCCCGGAGCUGGACAUGGACAGCCCCAUGGAGAGCACGCAGAGUCUGGAGGGGUCGGUCGGGAGUCCCGCUGAGGAGAAGGAUGGGGGGCUCGGGGGCCUGUUCCUGCCAGAGGACAAGUCCCUGGUCCACACUCCAUCCAUGACAACGUCAGACCUCUCCACGCACUCCACCACCUCGCUCAUCAGCAACGAGGAGCAGUUUGAAGACUAUGGGGAGGGAGACGACGUGGACUGUGCCCCCAGCAGCCCCUGCCCUGAUGACGAGGCCAGGACCAAUGUCUACUCAGACCUGGGGUCUUCAGUGUCUUCCAGCGCAGGACAGACGCCUAGGAAAAUGCGGCAUGUGUACAACAGCGAAUUGCUGGAUGUUUACUGCUCUCAGUGCUGCAAGAAAAUCAACCUGCUGAAUGGCUUGGAAGCCCGACUGAAAAACCUGAAGGCCAACAGCCCCAACCGAAAGAUCUCUAGCACGGCCUUUGGACGGCAGCUCAUGCACAGCAGCAACUUCAGCAGCAGUAACGGGAGCACCGAGGACCUGUUCCGGGACAGCAUUGACUCCUGUGACAACGACAUCACGGAGAAGGUGAGCUUCCUAGAAAAAAAGGUGACAGAACUGGAGAAUGACAGCCUGACCAAUGGGGACCUGAAAAGCAAGCUGAAGCAGGAGAACACACAGCUGGUGCACAGGGUGCACGAGCUGGAGGAGAUGGUGAAGGAUCAGGAGACUGCGGCUGAGCAGGCCCUGGAGGAGGAGGUGCGGCGACACCGCGAGGCCUACAGCAAGCUGGAGCGGGAGAAGGGCACGGAGAUCGGGCUGCUCGGCGCCAGAGUACAACAAUUAGAGGAAGAAAAUACAGAGCUCAGAACAACAGUGACUCGGCUCAAGUCUCAAACAGAGAAAUUGGAUGAGGAGCGGCAGCGCAUGUCCGACCGGCUGGAGGACACCAGCCUGCGGCUCAAGGAUGAGAUGGACCUGUACAAGCGCAUGAUGGACAAGCUGCGGCAGAACCGCCUUGAGUUCCAGAAGGAGCGGGAGGCCACGCAGGAGCUCAUCGAGGACUUGCGGAAGGAGCUAGAACACCUGCAGAUGUACAAGCUGGACUGCGAGCGGCCUGGCAGGGGCCGCAGCUCAUCCUCUGGCCUGGGCGAGUUCAGUGCCAGGGCCCGCGAGGUGGAGCUGGAGCACGAGAUCAAGCGGCUCAAGCAGGAGAAUCAUAAGCUGCGAGAUCAGAAUGAUGACUUAAAUGGACAGAUCUUGAGCCUCAGCCUUUAUGAAGCAAAGAACCUCUUUGCCACCCAGACCAAAGCCCAGUCUCUGGCUGCGGAAAUAGACACAGCCUCCCGCGAUGAGGGGCUGCCUGGUGAGCUCGGCACCGCCUCCAGCCUGGGCAGAGGCAGCACUUCAGUGACAUCCCAAAGGAUCCAUCAGGAGCUCAUGGAAGCCCUAAAGGAGCAGGAGGAGAUCAACUUCCGGCUGAGGCAGUACAUGGACAAGAUUAUCCUCGCCAUCCUGGACCACAACCCCUCCAUCCUCGAGAUCAAACACUAAGACAAGGGGGCUGGCUGCAGAGCAGCCUCAGGAACCCCCAACCCCAGGACCAAGGGGCAGAUCCCGCCUGAGGAUGCACCCUGGGCUGGGCCUCACACGCACACUGUAAAUGUAUUUUUAGCCACCAUUUAAUGUGUGCUGAUGUGUAUGUGGGCAGCCGUGCACACAGCGAGGUGUGAGCAUGGGAUCAUGGCCAUGAGUGGUAUCUGCAGUUAGCUAUCCAUGCAUAUUGUUGUCCCUUUGCAAGGGGCAGAGGGUGCUAUAGAUGGUAGGGGGCAAGGUCUGCUAUCAGGAGUUACUGUAAUAAUAACUGGAAGCUUGUGUUUCAGAUACUGGAGACAAUGAUUCUACCUCUGGGGAUAAGAACCUAGAGGUACCGUAGUAAGACAGGCCUCUGAACCCCCUAGGAAUGGGAGCAAAAUGAUGCUUUUUCCAGGAGUUUGAGUGCCCAACAGCUGUGUCCUCACCAACCUCUUUGGCCCCCUUCCAGUCCAGGUGCAUGAGCUCAGAGAGGAGGAAGGGGCAUCUGGGUGGGGGGAAUGUGAGGCCAGUCCCCAGGGAACCCCCUCACUGGCUGGCAGUGCCCUCUAAUGCUCAUGCACAGUGUGUCCAAAGGUCCUUGGCUGCAGAGGACCCGGCACUGAACAACCUUCAUUCUGAGAGUUCUUGGUAUUUCUGGAGUUGUCCGUACAUUUCCCCAUCCCUGCUUACCUACCUCUCCUUUUCUGAUUUUGUUUUGUUCUUAAGACAGUGAAAAAUAAGCAGCAUCCACUUGAGGUAUAAAAUGAAGGGAUUAAAAGGAAGGAGAAGGAGGCUGGGGGACAGGGGUGCCUAAGGCACGUGUUGGCACUGGGGAACGAAAGACCUGACUGUUGGGGAGGAGCACGCUGUUGGCUUUUCUGCUGCGUGUCUGCAUUUUAAGAGAGAAGCACCGAUGGAUCAUCUCCUUGGCUUCCCAGGCUGGGAGGGUACCUUGCUUACGAGUCCCUGCUCUCCGCAGUCUGGCGAUGGCAGACCUUGGGUCUGGAUUUUCAGAAUUGGAGUUCUGGGUUGGGCUGGGCUCGGCUCAGCUCAGCUGGGUGGUGAGGCGCCUGCAUUCCAGCUUUCAGAAUCUCACCUGUAUCGGUUCUCUGCCUGGGGAACAAGUGCUGUACCGGAGGGGGACACAGCUGAGAAAGUUGUAGGAAACCUUAGUCCUCCAUCCUUGUGGCUCAUGGUAGAAAUUGACACUCUGCAUUUUUAAUGUGAUCUUUUGUUCUAGGCAGCUGGGAAUAGAUAUGGCACUUUCUUUGAAUUUUCCAGUUUGUCUUAAUUUCAUGUGGCAUGUGACUUGUUUCUUUAUAAAUAUAUAUAAGCACAUGUGAUCUUCUCCCCUGCAGUUUUCUUCAGCACAUCUAGUGUGAAAAGGAAAGUUGGGGCAUGCUGGGGAUAGGCUUGGAGGGGUGUAGGCAGAGAAGAGAGCGCAGUGGAGGUGGAGAGGGGAUCUGGACCUGGGUGUGUUCCCUGCUCGCAGAGGCAGGGCUGUGGCCAGAACCAAUCUUCAUUCUGUUCCAGGCAACUUUCGCUUUUGCUGGGUUUCAUGAUUUCUUUUUAAGCAUAAUUGCAGGAUUUGUGUGGGGCUGCACUUGCUCUGAUCUGGAGCUAUGAGGCCACCCACACCAGGAAGACUAGGGCAGAAGGUCACUGCCGGUCCCUUAGGACACCGGUCUCUGUGGGCCCCCCUGAGGGUCUGAGAAGGCACAGCAGUGGAAAGAAGGCCUGAGGAGUGGGGCCCUUGGGAGUUUGCUGGUACAGAGGAAUGGACACAAAGGGAAGGAAGUUGGCCAGUCAUGACAUGGCUUUGGACUGGGUUUUACAUCGGAAGGCCUUGCACAGAGGCCGGCCAGAUCAGGGUUCCUGGCCAUGGAACGGACAUUCCAAGGCAGCACCCAGGACGAAAGACCCCGGAGGACCUGGUGCAGUGUGUGGGGUCUCCGGGAUGAGCCUGUCCCUAUAACACAUGCUUCAAGUUAAAUCCAACCUUUCUCCACCCAGAAAAUACAUCUUAUAAAACCUAUUCUUGUCAAAUUGGCUUUUUAAGAUCAUGGAGCUUUUUCAAAUGCUCUUCUGUUGCUUGAAAGCUAGCCUGAGGGGGCACAUGCCCCAGGGGCCCCAGCCCCACAACACCAGGGCAGGUUCCAGUUCCCCUGGGAUCUAGGCACGGGGAGCUGCCCUGUUCGCUUCCUGUGUUUUCCACCGCCUCCGUCUGUUUUCGGGUUGCAUUCUGCCCCCUUUCUCUCAGUAGUGGGGCUGUAGAUAGCAUAUAGGGCGCCCUGUUCAAUUUGAAUUCCAGGUAAACAAGUAAUUCUUAGAAGUUGUUCCAUGCAAUCCUUGGGACAUGUUUAAAAUGGAGAAAUUUUUUAAAUUCUGGUAACUGGGCCGCCAUCCCAGAGGUUCUGAUUUCACUGGUGUGGCGUGCAGCCAGGCUCGGGGAUGGUGCAAGAACUUCCCAGGUGACUGUGAUUUCACUGGGUAUCCUGUGUGGGGCUUUUUUUUUUCUUUGCUAAGUCUGUCAACCCUACCAAGGAGGGCUUAACAGUAAUUUGGAGUUUUGAGGAGUUUCGAGGGCUUGGGGAAGAGGUUUCAGACUCACAUUUUGCAUGAGACUUGGCUAUCGUCAUGUUCAGCUGGAAAGCAAAAGGAAUUGUCUGAACCAGCAAGGGAUUUUUUAAAAAUAUAUAUACAGUAUCUAGUAGAAAACGAAGCACCUUCUAGUUUAGCUUGGUCUUGUUCUGUUGACAGGUAUGGGAAAGUUUCUUAGUAAAAAAAAAAUUUUUUUUUUUUUACUUUUGAAUUGGCCAGAGCUAGACAAGUUAUUUUAAAGGUGAAGAUUCUUUGAGAACUGUCAAGAGGAAAAUAGCUUUACCUUGUUUCUGACCUGUUAAAAACACAAAGCUCAAGAACGUCCGGAAGCAUUGGGACCUGAAACAGUGGUGCUGAGCUUUGGAAAAUCACCUGGGGAGAUUUUUAAAAAUGUUCUGACAGGGCUGACCCCCCAGAGAUUCAGCUUUAAUUAGUGUAACUCAGGCAUCUAGAUGUUUCAGAGCUCCCCAGGUGAUACUAGUGUUCAGCCUGAGGUGGAGAAGGUUGCUGGCCAGAGGUGGAGAAAACAGGCGGAAACGGCUGCUGGGUUUGUUAAUCCAGGGGCUGGGUAACAAGGAGUCGGAGGCUUCUCCUGUUCUGACGGUGGAUGGUGAGAAGUUAGCAGAUCCUGUGGCCCCAGGACAGGGGGCCAGUUGCCUUUGGGAGCUGGUGGAUCCAGCUGCCAUCACCGGCCUGAGGUUGGCAGCCCUGAGGGGCAGGUCUUUGCUUGGUGCCCAUGGAGUCAGUAGGUGGCCCGUGUUGGGAUGUAUCCCCUCGUUCUGGAGUGGGAGUAGAACAGAAUAUGGACGGGGGUGGGGCUGACAAGCUGGGCUGUCCCCCCCAAAAGCAGCCUCAGAAACAGCAGUAACCUCCCAGCCGCCGAGCAGGAGGGGACACUGGCUUGGUGGGGUUUUUUGCCUCUGGUACGUGGUGAGGCUGGGUGGUGGAGGGUCACGCAGCACACAGCUCCUCCCAUCAGUGGCCAAGCCAGCGUCCCAGCCCACACUUGCUGGGAGCUCCUGGGCCGGCCAGGUCCUGGUGGGCAGGAGGACGGUGUGGCCUCUUCUGUUCCCAUGAGGGACUUAAUAACCAGCAAAGGCCUACAGGGGCCAGUGGGGCCUGGUGAAUCAGGGAGAAAUUCAACCCUUUUGGGGCUCUGUAUGUGUGUUUAACAUACUAGCAAAUUUAAACCUAAAAGCUAACUUCAGAUGUCAUUGGAACAUCAGAAGUUUUUGGAUGGCCACCAUGCCAAGUAAUGACUUUGCUCACCUGGCAGAUCUGCAGUGAUUCUCAGAGGGCUAGGGUGGGUUUUAAAUUGAGGAGGGGCCAUUCAGGGCUUCAGUGCUGGCGCCCUUCCCAGCCUUUCCCCCCUCUGGGACUGGGCCGCCUCUCUAGGGCAGUGCCUCAGGCCGUGAGACAGGCGUGCCUGCGGAGGGGCAGGCUAGAAGGGGCCACCCUCUCCCAGCUGGCUUCCAGCACCUCCCUUCCCUCCACUCACCUUGGGGACCUCCAGGCCCAUGCGCCCUGCUCCGAGCGCCAGGAGAGGGCAGCGAACGGGUGGGGCUGGGUGUGGCAGGGCCGUUCAGGCCCUUUGGCCCCACCCCUCUGCUGCCUGCCUGGGAAACUAGGCUGCUUUCCUGACAGGUUUGGUUCGAAAAACGUAGACCCUGGCGAAGCGUGGCUGGAUGACCGGAGGUUGGUGCUCCAAGCUCAUAGGCUCCUCCUCUUUCCAUUGUGAUGGUAAUGGCGGAUGUCUGCCCCAAGCCGCCAGCAGGGGGGUGUCUGGGGACGGCAUCCAGGCCCCACUUUUAGGAUCUAAGUGCUGUUUUCCCCACCAGACCAUGCCUCCUGCCUGGACCCUCUGCUUUGCUGUGUGACACAGGCUGUUUUGUCUGCAUGGUUUGGGGUUGUUGUCCUUGUGCCUUUUUCUCUGUCACCACUGUACAGGAUUCCCCAUGUUACGACUGCCCCCUUUUCUACAUUUUUGUUUACCCUGGCCCUUCCAGAGCCCUGUACAUGUGUACAUAGUAUCCACUUUGUGUCCGCGUGCCUGUACCACAUCAGGUCUGUUCCCAGGCCAGGUCUCUGCACUCUUACCGACAAGGGUCAAGCUCUGCUUCCCCUCUGUUCACUCAGUCUUGCAGACGGUGUACAGAAUUUUGUCAUUAUGGUCUUAAGCCCGGGGGUCUUGGACUCACUUAGCCCUCCAUCCAGCCUACCUGCAGCUAGUUUAGAAGCCUUACACAGCAUAAAAGAGUGACUUUGUGUAAAGCAGCUUCUCCUACAAACUCCUUCCUGUAUGGGCAUUAAUAUUUACAGAAAGCAGAGUGUACCCUUCUAGCCUAGGGCGUGGGCCCCAGCAGGGAUGCUGUGGUGUGCAGCAGAUCUGUGGGCCCCGCAGAGGAUGCACCCCCAGCCUCCGGAGGAAGCUCCAUCUGUGUGGCUCCCAGUACUUGACAUUGGGUCUGGGUUCAGGGCCAUCGCCACCUGAUGUCCAGAACAGCUUCGGACCCCAAGUGGGCAGAAGGAAGAGGCUUCUUGCAGCUGCCCCUGCCCGCCACUCACACCUGCCGAGUCUUCCUCAUCUGCUGAAGGUGCUCAGACCCGGGUGCCAUUAAAUGCCCAACUGAUGUCAGGACAGCCAUCAAACCGUGCAUUGCUGAGGACUCUCUCACAGCCGACUGGCUCCCCUCGUCCCAGCCCUUUCAUGACUGGGCCACCUGGGGCGCAGGUGGAAGAGGCUGCACAUGUGGCCUCAUGCCCAAGGCUUUGUUCCAUUGCUUUGACUCUCCGUGGGAUUCCAUGCGAGUCUUUGCCUCAGGAGCCCGGUGCCCCAUCUGUAAGCAGGCUUAGCUUUGGGGCUGGGGUGACCUUUAUCACAGGCCCAGGGUGGGGAGAGUGGGGUGAGGCCCCAAGGUUGUGUGCCAGGGUCCCGAGCUCUGCCUCCAGCCUCCUCCUGGCCAAAAGUGGCAGGCUCUCAGGAGCAGGCUCUUUCGGGAACUCUAAUGUACAGACCAAGGUGUAAAUAAACAGUUUGCUCUUCUUGCCUGA